AUGGUCUGGACUGUCAUGGCUCAGCCGUGGAAGCAACCAAAACGAGAAGAAAUCUGCGUGCAAUGCGAAGAUCAAAAUGUGACUCAGCACCAGAUCCACCGUACCAUACCCUGCCUUCUUCGUGGGUGUCUCGCAAACCCAACAAAAGCAACACACCAAAAGCAAACAAACAAUCAAAACAUGUGCCACCACAAAAACCGCACUAUCACCAUCAACACUUGCAGCCCCACGAAGCCAGUUAUGGUCAAUGAACGAUGGGUCUGUCCUUGCUGCAAAACACAAAAGACAUAUCAUGGACAGUCUGUCUUCUGGCGCACUCCAAUCACAGAUGAUCAUGUCUUUCAGGGCCGCUGCCUGAAGUGCUUCCCUGACUUUACACCCAACACUUCUUCUCUUCGAGUUGUGUCCUAA